AUGAUGCACGACCGACCCUCUUUUGAUAGCCUUCCAUUGCACCCCUCAGACCCUCCAUAUUCUGCAUGGGGCCUAUAUGGUAAAGAUGAUGAACUUGGGACUUUAAAUCUCCUGAGCAGUGACUGUGUGACCAAAGCAACAGCAGAGAUUCAAUAUGGUAUUAGCAUUAGCCUCAACUUACCACUCGAUACACCAGAUGUGCCCAUGAAUCCAGAGCGAAAGUCUUGUACUCACAAAUUCAACAUUAAGCCACGCUCCAAUGACGACGAACUUGAUAUUAAUACUCAAAGCUCCACCCAUUGGGACGGGCUGAGGCAUGUCGGCUAUCAAAAAGAACGAUUAUUCUACAACGGCAUACGGCAGGACCAAAUCUGUGGAAUUUCAUCUAGUGAUGUUCUUGGUGUUCAUAAUAUAUCACGGCACUCCAUUGCCGGCCGAGGAGUAUUGCUAGAUUAUCGUUCGUGGGCUAUUUCCAACGGGGUACAUUACGACGCUUUCACCAACCACAGUGUGACUCUCAACCAGCUUCUUGCUUGUGCUCAAGCCCAAAAUACUCAAUUUGAAAUCGGUGAUAUUCUGCUGAUCCGAUUCGGUUGGACUGAAGACUACCUUGGUAGAGAUGAUGCGGAGAGAAAAGCAUUGGGUGGGAGAAAGUAUCGUACCUUUGUGGGCGUGGAGAACUCUCUAGAGAUGGCAAAAUGGCAUUGGGGGAACGGUUUUGCGGCUGUGGCAUCAGAUACAAAUGCUUACGAAUCUUGGUUCCCAGAUAUAAAAUCAGACUUGGGUUACAGUCUGCAUGAGGUUUUCUUGGCCGGAUGGGGCAUGCCCAUCGGUGAGCUAUGGGAUCUUGAACAGUUAGCAGCCGAGUGUAAGAGAGUCGGGAAGUGGUCUUUUUUCUUAACUAGCCAACCACUGGACAUACCUGGAGGAGUAGCCAGUCCAAGUAAUGCGAUGGCAAUUCUAUAA